UACUUCAAAAUCGUAACACAUAUCGCAUAGAACUACUCCCUGUUCUACUGUAAUUGAAACUCAAGAGCAAGAGAGAGAGACAAUGGGAGAUUGCAAGCCAUUAGGGUUUUUGUUAGGACUUCCCUUUGCGUUGCUUGCAUUAGUUUUGUCCAUUGUUGGUACAGUAAUAUGGCUCAUUGGGACAAUAUUGAGUUGCUUGUGCCCAUGUUGUGUAUGCUGUGCAGCUCUGGCCAAUUUUGCAGUGGAUAUUGUGAAGCUUCCUGUUAGGAUACUUACAUGGUUCAUUGAUCAAAUCCCUUGUUAAUGCUGCUGCUGCUGCUGAUAAUUUCUAUUUUCUCUUUUCGCUAAUUGCAUAUUCCCUCCAUAAUCUUCUGUUGGAAUUUUUAAUGCCCAAAUAAACUUGGUAAUUCCUCUCUAA